GGAGCGCGCGAAAUGAGCUAGGGCCAGUUCUGGGAAUGCCCCUUUUUGUCUCUGAUUCACGUAUUCCGCAUCAGUGGUCACUUGUAAUAAUUUAAUCCCGUUUUUCAUUAGCGUCUCUUGUCGAAAGAUAUUUCGGGUGCAUAUAUGUAACUUCGGGAGACAUUAGUACACUUCAUAGACGGACUCGGAAAAUCGUCUAUUGAGUUAUGCGAGUAUAUUGAGGAAUUCUCCGAGAGGGUCCUGAUUAGUAAUACAGCGAAAGGAGGAAAUGCCGCGUGGUAGGCCAAGGUGCAAACGAGCAGCUAGACAGCCUAGUUAAAGCAGGACCACAUCCCCGCCAGAGACCUCGCAAAACCCCGGGUGCCACGCCAGAGGGAUCGGCACGUCAGGAAGGACAGAGCCGCGAUGUCCCAGGUGGGAGCCAAGGCGGGAAAAGUGCCAAUGAUGCAUCACGUCAGGAAUCAGCGGUGGCCCAGCCCUCAACGCAGGCGACAACGGCGCUCCCUGCACCUGUCGGGUUAACAACUUAGGCUGCGAUGAGUGCAAAUGUACAGUACAUGUAGUCCAGCAUGCGCCAGUGGUCCUAACCAUCAGACUACAAAUGCAGUGCCGCAUGCAUCGAUGGGGACGACGAGUCAGUAUGGAAUUAUCAGCUAGCAUGCAAAUGCAGUCAAGCGUACACCAAUGCGGAUGCCUUGCCAGCUUGCCAGCGUGCUCCAGCCCGCACCGGAACAAGGAGGAUUGAAUCAGCCCACACAUUCUGCAGCAUUCUUGACCAAGGCGAUGGCGCCACUUUCGGUCGCAGCCAGGAAUGGAGGAGUGCCUGGACUUUAAACUGUAUUUCAGCUUUUAUGCCUCGUGCGGUGUUGUCCUACCCCUGAAACCAGCCAGAGGCAGGCGGCUCAAUCAGUCACGUUGCCGGGCGACUGAGAAGCCAAUUCUGCCUCAGAUGGUUGAAACAUGAACGCAGGACGCUCGCGGGAAAACCGACAGGUUGCCGUUGUCGGCAUACGCUGUCGCUAUGGCAACGGUGUGGACAAUGUCAAGAAGUUCUUGGGCAUGGGCUGGACUGCACCACGCCCAUACCGCCAGAUCCUUUCGAUGCCAGCUACUUCCUGAGUCCUGGAGAGAAGAUGGCCGGCAAGACGUGCAUCCAAAAUGGUGGUUGCAUCUCUCAAGAUCCAUUCGUGUUCAACAGGCAAUUCUUUCACAUGCCUCCUGGAUAUUGACAUGGACGAAGAAACCUCCAAAAAUCAAAAAAUUGCCAUAGUGGGCAUAGGCUGUCGCUUCGGCAAUGGGGUCAACAGUGUCAAAACGCUCUGGGAGGUUUUAGUGAAGGGACUAGAUUGCACCACGCCCAUACCACCCGACCGUUUCGAUGCAAGCUACUUCUUGAGUCCUGGAGAGAAGACAGCCGGCAAGAUUUACAUCCAAAAUGGCGGGUACAUUUCUCAAGACCCAUACAUGUUCGACAGACAGUUCUUCCACAUGCCACCUGACGAGGCAGCCCACCUUGAUCCGCAAGUUAGACUUCUUCUUGAAGUCACGUGGGAGGCCCUCGAGAAUGCCGGGAUACCACCCUCUUCUCUACGAGGUUCUAAAACAGGUGUCUACAUGGGCGUGACAGCACAAGAGUACUUGUCCUUCGCAUGGAAACCAUUUCACAAUAUGAACCAGUAUUCCAACUCGGGCAACAACUCGUGCAUGGUAUCCAAUCGUAUCUCCUACGAGUUUGAUCUCCGUGGGCCGAGUUUCUCAGUGGAUACAGCUUGUUCAUCUUCCCUCUACUCGAUCUAUUUGGCAUGUGAGGCGCUGAAACAGAAAUCCUGCUCAAUGGCUCUUGCUGGUGGGGUCAACUUGAUUCUUACACCAACCACCACUAUUGGGUUUUGUCAGGCUGGCAUGCUUUCUCUCGACGGCAAAUGCAAAAGCUUUGACCAGGCAGCCGAUGGUUAUUCCCGGAGCGAGGGUGCUGGGGUUUUGGUUCUGAAACCUCUCGAUGAUGCUCUGCAUAAUGGCGAUCGUAUCUACGGAGUUAUACGCGGAGGGGCACUUAGUAAUGAUGGCCGUACUUUGGGCAUUGCAAACCCCAGUUUUGAUGCACAAGUUGACUUGGUGAAAAGCGCAUGUCGGAACGCCGGGGUAGAUCCCCUCCAGAUUGUCUACGCCGAGGCUCAUGGUACAGGAACAAGAGUAGGCGACACAACAGAGGCCGGAGCCUUGGGUGAGGUUUUGGGGCGAAGGAGAGGGCCCAAACAUCCUCCGCUCUACAUUGGGUCCGUCAAAUCAAAUGUGGGCCACUCUGAAGGCGCGGCAGGUGUGGCUGGCAUUAUCAAGACGGCCUUGUGCCUGUACAAUCGAAAGAUUCCACCCGUCGUGCAUUUUAAAACACCAAACGAGAAUGUCGACUUCAAACUGCUAAAGAUGAAUGUUCCUACCGAACUGAUUUCUUGGCCACACAGAGGAGAUCGUUUCCUUUCUUGCUGCAGCUCAUUUGGCUUCGGUGGAGCGAAUGCUAACCUUAUUCUUGAGGGACAUCUAAGUCCUUCUGGGAUUGAGCUUCCUCAAAUGAAGGGUAAAACUCUGAGUUGCCUCCUCCUGUCUGCAGCCAGCUCCAAUGCACUUCGUCAAAAAUUCAAGGACUGGGUCGACUUUCUGACGGAAGACCCGUCGAUGAACGACAACACUUUCUUCUCUUGUCUGUAUACGGCUGCCUGCCGUUCUCAGCACCUCGUGCACCGAGCAGGAUUUGCUGUCUACUCCAAGGAAGAUGCUAUCCACCAACUUCGAAUGAAACUUGAUAACGAAUCUUACCACAAGACGUCGACUCGACAUGUCGAAGGCGUAGCGACGUCAGUCUCUGGGGCCAAACAGCAAAUUGUGUUUGUGUUCUCUGGUAUGGGGACACAGUGGUGGGGAAUGGGUCGAGAGUUGAUGGAAACACAACCUAUUUUUGCUGCAAGGGUGAAGGUUAUUGACGAGCAGCUGAAGAGGUGUGGGGCUAAAUGGUCUUUAGUCAGCAUGCUGUCUGAUGAAAAAGACCGUGAGAGAAUACAUAAAACAGAAAUCAGUCAGCCCUGCCUGUUUGCACUUGCAAUAGGUCUUCUGGAUCUUUGGAAGUUUCGAGGUCUGGUUCCGGAUGCAGUGGUUGGGCACAGUGCAGGUGAGGUUGCAGCAGCAUAUGCAGCAGGUCUCCUCAGCCUGGAGCACGCAGUGAAGCUCGUCUACCGAAGAGGGAUUGAACUAGGAAAGACAAGUGGCUCUGGGAAGAUGGUGGCCGUCUUAUGCCACACUGAAGAAGCUCUCCGGUACGCCAGGGAAAGCAAGCAUGGACAAAUGCUUGAUGUCGCAGCCAUCAACAGCCCAGGUCAAAUAGUCUUCUCUGGUGCGAAUACCGCUGUUGAGGGGCUAGCUAAAGAAUUCAAAAUAAAUAAUAUUAAAUGUGUCGUGCUCAAGGUAGACAAUGCUUUCCACAGCAAAGAGCAAGAAGUCAUAAGAAGCCCUUUCCUCAAAGAGGCGAGUAAGUUCCUUAAAGUGCAAAAUGCAGAAGAAAGAGUACGCACGAUUCCAAUGAUGUCCACCGUAACAGGGCGUUAUUUGACUACCGAGGAGGCUAACACGCCAGAGUAUUGGUUUCAGAAUGCUAGACAGCGGGUUCUCUUCAUGAACUCAAUUCAGAAACUCGCAAAAGAUGGUUACAGGGUCUUUGUCGAGGUUGGUACUCACUCGUCGCUCUUACCUGCUCUUCAGGACACUUUGGCUACGAUCCAGUUUACAGAUGAUAAGUUUAUCACAUCAGCAUCUCUACUUAGACCUCGAGACACAAUAACGAUUGCAAAAGACUCCGAGAAUCUUAUGGUAUCGCAGUUGAGGCUCUAUACAAGCGGUAUACCUGUGAUCUUUGACGGCCUAUUCAACUCCACCUAUCGGCAAGUCAUGUCGGUCCCACAUUACCCGUGGCAACGAGAAAAAUGUACCAAUAUCUGUCCCGAGGGAAAGACAGACCUUCUCUUUCCUGUUGGUGAGGGUCAACACGUACUUCUUGGGGAGCCCAUUGAAACAUUCCAUCUGCAAGAAAGUCCGGUGAGGAUAUGGCGAGCUAAAAUGGAUGCGUCUCGGGUACCGUGGGUAAAAGAUCACGUCUUGCAAGGCUCCGUGAUUGUGCCUGCUACUGCUUACACUGAGACCGCUCUUGCAGCAGCUCGAUCAAUGAACGGUUAUCGCUACCCGAUAGUUCUCAGUGGGUUGAUGUUCGAUCGAUUCAUGUUUGCCCCAAAUGCAGAAGGCUGCCUUGAGACAACAGUGGAGGAGAAGACAGCAGAGCAAUUUCUCGUCACGCUUAGGAGCCAUGACGUGUCCAAAGGAACAUGGACACAGCAUUGUCACGUAAGAAUCAUUCCUCCAUCUGCCGCAGAUCCUGGUGUGAUGACGACACUGGGUGAAAUAAUGGACGUAGACAGUAUCAGCAAAAGAUGUGAAGUGUCUAUACCGGGUGAGGUGUUUUACAAUAAUGCAGAUGAUUCUGGCUUCGAUUUGGGAUCUACGUUUAGAGGAGUUCAGAAGAUGUUAACGUCACAGGAUUCACGUGAAAGUUUAGUAUAUGCUGAGGCUCCUCUCAGUGUUCGGAGAGAAUUUCAUCGUUACGUGUAUCAUCCAGCUUUCAUGGACAGCUUCUUGCAGGCAUUUGCUGUACUCAUUUUGUUAGCCGAACAAGGAGGUCAUGAAAAUUUAGACAAGAGAUCUCAACCAGUACAGAGAGUUCCAAGACAAAUACAGACGCUCACAUUUACCGGUCCGAGCUCUCCGCACGUUUGUAUCCAUGUAAGGAUUAGCGGAGGGGACCAUCCCAACUGCGACAUUGACGUGGCAGACGCAAACACAAAAUCAAUAUUCUGCUCGGUUCGAGGACUUGUGUUUGAAACCAUUCAAAAUGACAACAUGGAACAUCAGAUUUGGAGUGUGGUGUGGGAAAAUGUUGGUUCUGUGGAUAUCAAAAACGGACCAGUUCAGUCCCAAACCGCAUCAAAGAAAGUGAUUGUCUUUCCGGACAAUACAGAUGUGAGUACUUCCUUAAUCGAUACUCUUGUAAAACAAGAGGUCUUGGACGUAACCGUCAUUGAUGUGGAAAAGGCCGAUGCCGUGCAAAAAGCAGUUACCAUGGUUGCUGCCAAUCAGGAUACAGAGACGCUCCUGGUCAUGAUGAAAACAGAGGUAUCUGACGUCCACUUGAAUUCUGGAUCGGUCAUGUCAAGGAGAGAGUUUGAAGGCUACCAAAAAGAUACAUUAUUUUGCUACUCCGUCUGCAAGGCUUUGCAAAGGGAGAGUUUAAAGGCCCAGUUUUUGCUUUUCACAAAGGGCGCGCAUCAUGCAAUAGACGGUGAUUACGUGAAUCCAUUUUCAGCGAUCCUGAAUACGGUUGGCGUAAUUGUCAGUCAUGAAGAGCCACUGCUUACAAUGUUUUCUGUUGACCUACCGAUUACAGAGAGCAGCAUGGAGAGUAGUCAGAUCGCUUGUGAAAUUAUUUACAAGAAAGAUUGCCACCUUUAUGAAGAGGAUGUAAUUGCUGCCAGAAAAUCACGUUCCACGAAGCGAAACCAUAACAGUAAGACUUGGGAUCUCUUAUCUCCGCGCGUGAGAAUGGAAAAUCUUUCCAAUGCCCCGGCAAUUGUACCAGCCAGGCUGUGGUCAGUGGGAGAGAAAAAGAUGUCUGAUCGUGUCCGAGUCUUCGUUCGUAAAAUUCAUCCUAAAGAUUUGGAACUUAACACUGACCAACGGUUUUUCCGGGUGAAGGUUGAAGCUUUUGGUCUUUGCAACAACCAGCAGUUCGAAGUAGACGGCCGUUCAGGAACAAACACAUUCAUCUAUGCCGGUAGCCUAGACGGAUACAGUUCCAAAAAGCAAACCAAAACAUACUUAGGCCUCAGUUGCACUGACGUCCAGACAUAUAUGAAGUCUCUCUCACAGGACUUAAUAGAAGUGCCUUCGUAUCUCACUCCAAGAAAAGCAGUCAGUAUCGUCAUUGAUUACUUACCACCAGCUGUCUUUUUCGAGCAGGCUGUACCAGUAUCUCCAGGUAUGCGUGUGGGUUUCAAGUGUGACUCUCUCGACAGUUAUGACCUUGCAACGAUUCACCUGUCAACUAAAAUGGGAGCUGAGACAGUCGUCUUAAAAGAUGCUCAUAACGAUCUUUUUGCACUUUACAAUGAGAUAUCUGUCAAAUCCCUCAAUGAGUUGGAAGAAGCAUCCAUUGACGUAAUGUUUCUGUCUCUGAAGUCAUCCUCGUUGGAUCGCACACUGCAUUCAUUGCAGCCAAAGUUGAGAGGAAACGCCACCGUCGUGAUUAUUCAAAGACAAAAACACGAAAAAAGGCUGCCAAUGCUUCCGUCAAAGAUGAAGAUUGUGACGUUCGACACAUAUCUCCCAUCAGCACUUGAUGGAUUAUCCAGCUCCAAGAUUUCGGCUAUUUUGUCUUAUCUAUGGGAGAUGUUUAACCCCAAGCUGGAGAGCGGUCAUUUAACUUGUAUUACAGGUAAUCAUAUCCGACUGUCUUCCCUGGCUGCACGCAAUGCUGACAUUCCAAAAAAUGAGGUUAUCGAGGUUGACUCAGCAGAAUUGCUGUUACCCCCUUCUGUGGAAAACGACGGUUUUGUGGCUGACAGAGGAUCGGCCUACUUCGUUACAGGCGGAACCAAAGGUUUUGGUCUCAAACUGACAGAGUGGUUGAUAUCAAGAGGUGCUCGAUAUAUAUAUGCAGGUUCCAGAGGGGAAAUGAAUGAGGAAUUGAAAGAGGUCAUCGAAAAGGGAAAGGAAGUCGGUGCUCAAGUCCGGCACAUCCGGUUGGAUGUUUCCAGUGCAAGUGAUGUCGAAAUAGCGCUGCGAAAAAUGAUGGUUGGGCAGUGGCCCGCUCUGAGAGGCAUAUUCCAUUGCGCUGCCGUCUUUGAGGACGGGUUUCUCCAAAAUAUCACUGCGGAAUCUUGGAACAGAGUCAUGGCUGCGAAGGCACAUGGAGCACUUCUGCUACACCAGCUGACUUUAAAGCUUGGCAUCAAGCUUGAUCAUUUCAUCAUGACAUCCUCCAUUCUGUCCCUGAUUGGCAAUGCAGGACAAGGGAGCUACUGUGCUGCCAAUGUCUUCCUUAAUGCACUGGCCUAUUAUCGUCAUAAUCAUAAUCUACCAGCGACGGCAGUGCAGAUAGGUGUUAUUAAUGACGUGGGGUUUAUAGUUCGUCGCGGUCUCGUUCAAGCGUGGGAAAAGACGGGCGCAGGAAGUAUGAGUCCCAAGGAGGUUCUUGGGGUUAUCGGCUCCGCACUGUCGGUUCGCCAAACACAGCUUGGCAUUUCAGCUCACCUUAAUCGGAAGCUUUGGGCAGAGAGACACCGUGGCCUCAUUAUAAAACACUUCAAAGAAAAACAUGGAACCUUGUCUUUCAUGAAAGAAUUGUUUCAUGACAGAGAUGUCUACCUGGCCGCCAUAAAUGAUACAUUUCUGCAGUCAAUAGUAAAACUUCCACUAACCAAGGCCAGAGAUUUGGUCAUCAAAACUUUGGCCCAGCUUUUCAGUCAGCACCUUGGGCUGUCCAAUGAACCCCCGCAUGAUGCAUCACCGAUCUCUCUGGGUCUGGAUUCUCUCAUGGCGUCAGAAGUCAGCCAACAGAUAAGCCAGAAGUUUCAGGUCAUCGUUGGAGCGGUCGAUCUGCUCAAUGACAAGAACACGAUCCAGGAGAUUUCAAAAAACAUAACAAGGCAACUAUUUGCAAAGACAGCUUCAUCCAGCCCAAAUGGGUUGGAGGGUGAACGAUCAGCUGUUUUAAAACAGAAAACAGUUGUCGUUGAAGGUGAGGUGCCAAAACCGUUGGCAGUGAAGCUUGUCUGUUUCCCUACCAUUGGCGGGGGACCUUCACUGUUUACCCACUGGACACAGCCGAUGCUUCCGUUUGGUAUCCAGGUUUUGAUGAUUCAGCUGCCGGGCUGGGAAGGGCGUGAAGACGAACAGCCACUCACAAACAUGAAAGAUAUUGCACGCCUUGUUUACCACGAGCUCGCACCACAUAUAUCAAAAGGUCCAUUCGUAUUUUUCGGUCAUAGCAUGGGAAGUCUGGUCGCGUUCGAAGUUGCUCACCUCCUCUAUGACGAGGACAAUAUCUGUCCCCAUCAUUUGUUUGUCAGCAGUUGGUACGCUCCAACUUUGGCCUAUCCUUACACUGAGGAGCUCGAUAUCACGCCCUCGACCUUUGACAGACUGAAGGAGAUCCUGGAGGAUAGCCCAAAGCUCUUCGCAAGCUUAGCAAAGCAAGCGCAAGUGAAGUUCAGUUUCAUAGAUGACAAGACCUUCUUUAAUACUGCAUUUAUGAAACGCCUGUUGCCCUGCCUGCAGGCCUCGACCGAAAUAAUAAGAGACUACAAAUGCAAACAUGAGAACCCGUUACCAUGUGACCUUACGGUUUUUGGAGGUAAACAGGACGCCUUUGCAAAGCCAGAUCUCCUGAAUGGCUGGGAGCAGGAGAGAUCCAGGAAGCAUUCUUUUAAUAAGAUAAUCUUUCCCGGAAAGCACAUGUACAUUCUGACCAGCACGGCACAGGUUUUGGAAGCAAUUUGUCUCACGUGGAAGAAAGAUGAAAAUAAUUCUUAUUAGGUCUAAAGAUACAGGUUCGUGUAAAGGGUGGAUUGUUUCAAUUGUGUCUCAAUACAGUGAUUCUUGCCGUGUUCUGCUUUCCCAGCCGAUGAAUGGGUUCUCAUUAUUUUACAAUGCCAAUAAGUCAUUCCAAAAAUACAUGAAAGGAUUAUGAGCCGCUUGGAGCAAAACACUGUGCUGAAAAGCCUAUAUACUUUCGAUAAUGAAAAGGCUGCUAGAUAGAAAAAAAGAAAAGCGUCUUCGUUUCUAAUGAAAAAUAAAGAUUUAGUCCUAAUAACACAAAUACCUAUAUAUAAUAACAAUGAAAUGGAAAGGAGAAGUAAUACGGAAGGCCAAUUUUUAAAAAUUGGACAAGAAAGUCGUGAGCGCAAGUAAUAGGGUUUAGCAUUUUCGACCCCCGGUUUGUUUUGUCUAAAUCUUUUAUCCAGAUACACAUGUAGGCUCACACUGAAAAUUAAUAACCUCUGGUAUUGUUAAAGGGACGUUUGUAAAUGUUAAAUCGUAAUUAGAUCGGUUUUAAUGUUUUUGGUAACAUUUUUACGAGGUAUGCAGGUGGUAAUUCUUGGAUGAGUUUACUUUUCACACUUUUAGAAAUAGGUUUAGCUUAUUGUGUCUACGGUACAUUUCUGAAUUUCUGAAAGCAUAAUAUAUAUAUAUAUAUACAACCUUUAAACAAAAAGUGAGGAUUUCUGUUUGGAGUGUUUUGGGAGGUUACUUGAGUGAAGGAUUUUCAUCAAUUUUCUAAGAGCUACCAAAUAGCAGAUAUAAAUAUAAGAGUUACUUUUUUUUACAGCAGCACGAAUUGAAUUGGUGACAAUUACACAGUAAAUCUUGAAAUACUAGCGGACCUUUAGAGGAGUCUGGAGCUUUUUACAGUCAAAGGUUUUUGCCCUUUCUUUUAAUUUUUACAUCACAAUCACAUCAUAUCUUUUCUGGUGAUGUCAUAAGUACUUUUGAGUAAAUUGAUGACUUUUGGGGUUAUAUAGGAGUCCUUUUUAUAUCAACAAAUCAAUUGAUAUUGUCCCAAGGUUAUUCAAACCACGUUUGAAUUCACUUUAUAUUAUUUUGAAUGGAUAAGGGUUUGGAUCAGGUGUCACUGCUAAAGAUAUCAUUUUAAGAUUUUAGUUGCUUUUAAACCUGUUGCAUUUUGUUUUGAUAAGUUGAAAAAGGUUUACAUACUAUUUAUUGGCCUCUGACACAUGCACAAAUGAAUUGGGAAUAGUUUUUCCACCCGCAACUUCGUCGACACGUAAUUUAUUAAUAAUUUCAAUUAUUAUUCUCAAUAAUUCGUGUUCAGAAUCUUCAAGUGAUUUACAGAUUAUUUAAUAUGUACAAUAUUCACAGAUAUUGUUUGAUUAUGUAUAAAAUCAUUUAAAAUUAUUUUACCCAACGGCCGAUGUUAAUUUACAAUGAAUUGAGUUAAUUUUCACCGGCUGAUAUCAAAAAUCGAAUUGGUUGAUCUGUUAUAGUCUUUAUAUUCAAAUCGGAUCGAGUCACUAAUCUAGCUAUCUAAUCAUGCAAACCAAAUUCAACCAGAAGAGUUACUCUUACCCUAAGAAACUUAAAAAACAAUAAUAAUGGUCUCUUAAUCAAACGUAUCAGAAAGUAAAGAAUGUAAUCCUAAUCUAUUAGAAAUUAAAGAAUGAACUCUAUAGUAAUUAUAAUAGAUGCCCAAUAAAUAAUCCUAAUCUU